AAAAAAGAAAAGAAAUGCACUUACGACAACGGUGAUGGUGGACCUUAGAGAAUAGAGAUCAUGUGCUCCGCUUGGCCUCCUGAUACUAUUAUCUAAUCUAAUUUUAUGAAAUUUAAAAAUGGAAAUAAUUCGAGUGGACACUCUUCUCCGAGGCAACUAGACGGUGCAGGUCAAACAGACGUUGGAUUCAAUCACAUCUUCCACCACGGAUCAGCUUCGAGUAAGGCUAUGACUGAAUAGUUAAUAUCUUCUUCCACCAUGAUUUCGAGUAGGGCUGUGGAUGAACAAGACUUGGAAGGAAUAGUUGAUGUGUUUCAUCGGUAUUCCAAUACAGCUUCCAAUCUCAUCGACCCUGAAGGAAUAGAGUUACUUUGCUCAGAUUUGGAUGUCUCUCGUACUGAUAUCAGAUUCUUGAUGCUUGCUUGGAAGAGUGGACAAGAGGCCUUGUGGCUUUAGGAGUUGUUACACUCGAUAAACUGAAGAAAGCCCUUCCCGAGCUAGAGAAAGAGGUCAGGAAGCAAUCGAAUUUUGCUGAUUUCUAUGCUUAUGCCUUUACCUAUUCUUUAACAGAGGAAGAACAGAAGAGCAUAGACAUAGAGACCAUAUCUCAGCUUCUAGAUACCGUCAUGGGAUCUACAUUCCGACCCCAAGUUGACUCCUUUGUGGACUAUUUAAAGAUCCAAAACGACUACAAAGUCAUAAACAUGGAUCAGUGGAUGGGAUUUUACAGGUUCUGCAAUGAGAAGAAAGCAGGUUGAUUCAUUCACAUCGUCCACCAUGGCUUCGCGUGACAUCACUGAAUUGGAAUCCGCCAUAAAUUCACUCAUUGAGGUGUAUCAUAAGUAUUCCAAUCUCAUUGACCCGCAAGGAAUAGAGUUACUUUGCUCCGAUUUGGAUGUCUCUCGUACUGAUAUCCGAAUCUUGAUGCUUGCUUGGAAAAUGAAAGCUGAGAAACAAGGCUACUUUACACAGGAGGAAUGGACAAGAGGCCUUAUGGCUUUAAGGGCUGAUACAAUUGAUAAAUUGAAGAAAGCCCUUCCCGCGCUCGAGAAAGAGGUUAGGAGGCCAUCAAAUUUUGCAGAUUUCUAUGCUUAUGCCUUUACCUAUUCUUUAACAGAGGAAGAACAGAAGAGCGUAGACAUAGAGACUAUAUGUCAACUCCUAGAUAUCGUCAUGGGAUCUACAUUCCGACCCCAAGUUGAUUACUUUCUCGACUAUUUAAAGAUACAAAACGACUACAAAGUCAUAUACAUGGAUCAAUGGAUGGGCUUUUACAGGUUCUGCAAUGAGAUAAGUUUCCCGGACAUGUCGGAAUACAAUCCAGGGCUUGCAUGGCCAUUGCUUCUCAACAAUUUUGUUGAGUGGAUUCGUGAAAAACAAGCCUGAAAGCUUAACAUCUUUAUGAAUCCCCUCAAGUCAUUUACUCGGGAUCAUUGGACUCAACAAACAGAUUCAGCAAAAUUUAAUUUCAGUUCUCAUCCUUCAAAACUUCAUCAGAAAAACUCAUUCAAAAGAGGGGAACCACAUAAUGUUCUGAAAUAUUAUAUCCAGUUGUAUUACUAUCCAGUGUUUGAAUUGGUCCAAUGUUGCAACAUAAUACACAGCUAAAAAAAAUCCAGAAUACGAUGAGAGAAAUAGAUUGGUUGUAUAAGCUCUUCUAAACUGCAAAGAUAGGGAUGAAGUUUGCUUU